AACACGUAACCAACACGAAACACACAGGCUACAACCGUAAUCUUGAAGGUAAAAGGAUCAAUAGAUUCUAGACAGAAAACAUUAAUUGAAUGUGUCAUGUACAUUUGGGCUGUUGAGACAACCAAUACUACGAGAUCAAAAUAGUCAAGCAGUCCAUAUCCGACACUGUGUGUUUUGAAAUGGUCCCCCUACAGACGAGUAGGUCAUGAGGCGGAUGAAGCGUUAAGACAGACAGGCAAUGUCAUGGGGAGAUGAGGUUAGGCUGCUCAAGUCUCAGUGCGCCGUGGGCGUGACAGGUGCAAGAGCAAGACGACCAUCUAUGUGUACUCCUCCAAACACAUGAUCAGCAAGUCCUAUUCGUCAGCCAUUCUUCAAAGAAAGGACUUAUUGUAUUCAUUGGUUCAGUACACACACCAACAUGCCAAAAUUUGACAUGAUGGACGGUUCUAAUGCAGGCAAAUACCAUUCUAACAGAAAACGCAACCUAAUCCUCGGUGGACUAUGUGCUGUUUUGGUCGGAUUGUGUGUUGGUAUUCUCAUUGGUCGUUAUGGAAUAUGUCCUGGCCAAUCAGACCCCGAGUCCACACCUGAGAAAGAUGGAGUCUUCCUUCCCGGUAUCCCAGAAGCAAUCAUCAAAGAUGGCGACCCGGAAAUUGGCAAACAACUCAUAGAUGCAGUGGAUAACACGAAAAUUGAGGAAUACCUAAGACUUCUAACUCUGAAGCCACACGUCGCAGGGUCUCAAAAUAACCUUGACCUUGGUAACUGGAUCAAGGAUAAAUGGAUGGAAUGGGGGUUUGAUGACGUCAAGCUAACGCCGUAUGACGUCCUUCUGUCCUUCCCCGACGCCAACAACCCCAACGUGGUGCGCGUCCUGAACGAAACCGGGGGGAUUGUGUACGAGUCGCCUUUGAAGGAAGCUAACCUGACUGGCGAGGAUGACCCUGAUGCGCUGCCGCCGUACAACGCUUACUCCCCUGCAGGCUUAGUGAAGGGUGACAUGGUGUUUGUAAACUACGGGCGAGUGGAGGACUAUGAUUGGCUGGAGAAGAACGCCAGCAUGAACGUCACGGGGAAGAUCGUAAUCGUCAGAUACGGGAAGAUCUUCAGGGGAAGUAAGGUUCAGAUAGCUGCGGACCACGGCGCGACUGGUGUCAUCAUCUUCUCAGACCCAGCUGACUACACGUGGAAGGGCGACCCACGUGUCUACCCGGAAACAUGGUGGCUGCCAGGGUCAGGGUCACAAAGGGGGACAAUCUUCCUUGGAGAUGGCGACCCGCUAACACCAGACUAUCCAGCAAUCAAAACUGCAUAUCGGUAUCCUGAGAAUGCUUCUGAAGUUGUACUCCCUGAAAUACCAGCACAUCCUAUCGGAUAUGACAUUGCCGAAAAAAUACUCAGAGAGAUGGGCGGAGAGGAGGCCCCGCUUGACUGGAGAGGGGGUCUCAACAUCACCUAUAGACUGGGGCCAGCUCUGGAGAAGACAGGGUGGAAAAUCCAAAUGAACAUUUCAACAAGAAAUCAAAUAAAGACUGCAUACAACGUGAUCGGCGUUAUACGAGGGCAAAUCGAACCCGAUCGUUAUGUAUUGAUGGGGAACCACAGAGACGCCUGGGUGUACGGGGCUAUUGACCCGUCCAGUGGGACAGCCGUCAUGAUGGAGACAGCCAGGGUCACCGGGCAGUUGGUCAAGAGUGGCAAGUGGCGCCCCCGUCGGUCCAUCAUGUUCUGCAGCUGGGGGGCAGAGGAAUACGGACUUCUGGGGUCCACUGAGUGGGUGGAGCAAUACCGGAAAAACCUAAGGGAAAGAGCGGUCGCCUAUCUCAACGUAGACAUUUCAAUGCAAGGGAACGACACGAUCCGUGCCCUGGGAACGCCGCUCCUGUACCGUGCUACGUAUGAGGCGGCAAAGAAGGUCCCAAACCCUAACCCUGCCGAGAGGGCAGCUGGGAGGACGACGGCCUACGACACCUGGCUGCACACCUACCCCUGGAAGGAUGAAGACGGCAACUCCAGGAACAUACCUGUGAUAGGCUCUCUCGGCUCCGGCAGCGACUACGCCCCACUGCUACACAAGGCGGGCGUGACGGCUGUAGACUUCAGAUACACCUACGACACUAACAAAUACAAGGUGGCGUCCUACCCGCUCUACCAUUCUGUGUACGAGACGUUCUAUGCAGUCAAAAACAUUAUUGACAAGGAAUUUGAAUAUCAUCGCGCUAUCUCCCGGAUGGCUGCAGAGCUUGCACGUUCUCUGGCCGACUCCCUCAUCAUUCCCUUCAACGUCAGCGACUACAGCUGGGCCCUCGAAACCUACAGGAAAGCUCUCGACAAGGACUACGGCGACACGCUGAAAACGAAACUACCUAAUUAUGAUGAUCUUCGGGAGGUCAUCGCGAACUUCAGUACGGAGGUGGAGGCCUUCAACGACAGAGUGGCCAAGAUGAACAGGAAUGAUCCUAUGGCCAUCCGGGCUGUGAAUGAUCAACUGUCGCUACUCGAGAAGGCGUUCCUGGACAAUGAGGGUCUGCCAGAUAGAUCACAGAAAAAGCACCUCCUUCUGGCUGAGAGCAGCACAGAUUCCUACGCCAGUAGUAGUUUCCCUGGCCUGGUUGACCUGCUGUUUGAGAUAGAGAAGGCCCCGGAUGUUGAUGCACGCUGGGAACGUGUCAAGAGACAUUUCUCCGUCAUUCUGUUCACCAUCGACUCGGCGUCGUCAACAUUACGGGAUGUCAUACGAUUCAUUCCAGAAAAUUAAUAAUUAUAAUCAAGUCAUUUUAUUUUCAGUUUUAUUACUCGUUUCCAAUAUGUGGACUAUAUAGUAGUAUUUAAGAAAUAAACGACGAGUGGGAGAUGUUUAUCGUAAAUAAAAUACUGCAGGGAGAAUAUUCUUAUUGUACGAUAAACAUCUCCCACUCGUUGUUUAUUUCUUAUAUGAGAUAACAACACCAUGUACAGCCUCUUUAAGGAUGUUGAUAAAAUGUGCAACCUUUAAAAAUAGUAUCUUUAAUUUUAAUAAUGAUGACUCCCUGAAUAGAAUCUGACCUCGUCAAUGUCGGAGAAGUCCGUCUUAUUAACGUGCUACCAAUUGAUAAAAUAUGAAAUUGUAUAGAACCUUGUAUCAUCGAUGCAUUUCAAGUUCAAAAGGGGCGGUCGGGUAGCCUAGUGGUUAAAGCGUUCGCUCGUCACGCCGAAGACCCGGGUUCGAUUCCCGACAUGGGUACAAUGUGUGAAGCCCAUUUCUGGUGUCCCCCGCCGUGAUAUUGCUGGAAUAUUGCUAAAAGCGGCGUAAAACCAUACUCACUCACUCAAGUUCAAAAGGGGAAGGAACUUGGCACGUGCGCAUCAGUCGCGGAGAACACAUAUGUCACGUUCAUCGUGCAAAGGCAGCACAUACAAUAUAAAUAAGUAAUACAAGUUUUUCCUCUAAAAGUAUUGUGUAAAAGUAAAGGAAUGUGGUUGUUUUUUUAAGUUUGAGAACUUACUCUUAAAAGUCGGCACGUGAUAAAAAUCACAUCUCCCCGACGGUGCUCGGCGAUUCUCAUUCACGAACAGGCAGUUGCGUGUAUGUUCUCCUUAAGGCUUUCUUUUAUAAUUCAACCAACUCCCUUAACAACACCGUGUCUCAAGAUUACACAUAAAGGUCAGCAUUUAUUAUAUACAUAUGAAUGAAAUACUGGAAUUUAUCAGUGACGAUAGAUCAAGUUAUCAGUCACUAGUGACUUAUAUAAAAAAAGUAAUAUCAGUCACUAGUGACUGAUAUAAACAAGGUGCCGGAACAACUUUCUCCUGAAUCAAAACAUUAAAGAGUUAUCCCCCUUUGUUUACGUCAGAUGCCGACUGUACUCAGUCUCAACCGCAGGUGCAUAACUUCUCUUCAACUGACCACAGGGACGUUUUGGCGAGUCUGAUAUCUGAAAAUAACAUCUAUGGCAACGUUAAUAACUUUCUUGCAUCGGACAUGCUUCGCCAGACAUUAGGCACAACUGGCGACAGCGAGACGUAUCGCCGAGGCGAGAAGCGCCCGCUUGAAUUUUCCGAGAAUUGAACUUUCCAAAUUCAAUUCAUGACAGCAAGCAACAAUGUUUCAGUUAAAAUGUUCGGGGUUCUAUAAAUGUGUUUAUGUCAACUUUCAUACUUAUCUGUGAGAAAAUUUGAUCAAUUUUGGCGGAAUUUGUAAGCCUGGAGAGCGCUCAGCUGAUCGUUCGACAUGGUCACAGUACUAAACAAUACACGUGAAUUUCAGUAUACCAUUGUUUGCAUGUAUUAUUUUGUUUAUGCAGUUUACGUAAAAUAAAAAUGUUUGUGAAAACGUG